AUGGUAGACAAGCUGAAGGCUGCAGAGAUGACGUUUAAGGAGCUGCAGCUGCGCAUGGCUGAUCCUGAAGUGGCGGCCAGCAACGACGAGUUCCAGAAGGUCGCAAAGGCGGCCGCCGAGCUGGAGGGCACUGUCAACGCGUACCGCGCCCACCAGGAAGCUGAGCGGCAGCUGGGCGAGGCGCAGCGCUACCUGAAGGAGGAGGCGGCCUCAGACCCUGACAUGGCCGAGUUUGCGCGCGAGGAGAUCUCGGAGCUGCAGGGGCAGAUCAGGGAUCUCGAGAAGCAGCUGAGCCUGCUGCUGCUGCCGCGGGACCCCCUGGAUGACAAGGAUAUCAUGCUGGAGAUCAGGGCCGGCGCAGGCGGCGAUGAGGCGGGUAUCUGGGCGGGUGAUCUGACGCGGAUGUACCAGCGAUACGCGCAGUCGCAGGGGUGGAAGGCGUCGAUGAUCAGCAGCACUGUGGCGGAGGCCGGCGGCUACAAGGAGGUCAUCCUGCAGGCACGCAUAAGUUUUGGCCUGGGGGUCAAGGGGGACAGCGUGUUCAGCAAGCUCAAGUGGGAGGCCGGGGUGCACCGCGUGCAGCGCGUGCCGGCGACAGAGGCGGCGGGCCGCGUGCACACCAGCACGGCCACGGUGGCGAUCAUGCCCGAGGUUGACGAUGUGGAUGUGACCCUGGACAUGCGGGACGUGGAAAUCAAAUUUGCGCGCGCGUCCGGCGCGGGCGGCCAGAACGUGAAUAAGGUGGAGACCGCGGUCGACCUCGUCCACAAGCCGACCGGCCUGAGGAUCUUCUGCCAGGAGGAGCGCACCCAGGCGGCCAACAAGGAGCGCGCGUUCCAGAUCCUGAGGGCGCGCCUGUUCGAGGCCGAGCUGCAGCGGCAGCAGGAGGAGAUCCGGGCCAAGCGCAUGAGCCAGGUCGGCACGGGUGACCGCAGCGAGAAGAUCAAAACAUACAACUACAAGGACGGCCGCUGCAGCGACCACCGCCUCAAAAUGAACUUUGAGCUCAACAAGACCCUUGAUGGCGAGAUCGAGGACCACAUCCAGGCCAUGAUCAGCCUGGACCAGCAGGAGCGCAUGAAGGAGCUGGCAAACGAGAUGGCCAUGGCCUGA